UUCGCUGGCAAAUGGCUGCGUCCAUGUAAUACCAGCAGCGGCAGCUGACCUUUCUUUUUCCUCCUUGUCACCAGGCUCCUGUGGUGGCGGGUGGGACACCAGGACCAUGUUGGGCCGGACCCUCCGAGAAGUUUCUGCGGCACUGAAACAAGGCCAAGUUUCUCCAACUGAGCUCUGUCAAAGAUGUCUCUCCCUUAUCAAGAAGACCAAGUUUCUAAAUGCUUACAUUACUGUAUCAGAAGAGGUGGCCUUAAAGCAAGCUGAAGAAUCAGAGAAAAGAUAUAAGAAAGGUCUCUCACUCGGGGAUUUAGAUGGAAUUCCUGUUGCGGUAAAAGACAACUUUAGCACGGCCGGCAUUGAGACAACAUGUGCAUCAAACAUGCUGAAAGGUUAUGUACCACCUUAUAAUGCUACAGUAGUUCAGAAGUUGUUGGAUCAGGGAGCUCUACUAAUGGGAAAAACAAACUUAGAUGAGUUUGCUAUGGGAUCUGGAAGCACAGAUGGCAUAUUUGGACCGGUUAAAAACCCCUGGAGUUAUUCAAAACAAUAUAGAGAAAAGAGGAAGCAGAAGUCUCAUGGUGAGAAUGAGGAUUCAGAUUGGCUGAUAACUGGAGGAAGCUCAGGAGGGAGCGCGGCGGCUGUGUCAGCGUUCACGUGCUUUGCGGCUUUAGGAUCAGAUACAGGAGGAUCAACCAGAAAUCCAGCUGCCCACUGUGGGGUUGUUGGUUUGAAACCUAGCUAUGGCUUAGUUUCUCGUCAUGGCCUCAUUCCCCUGGUGAAUUCAAUGGAUGUGCCAGGAAUCCUAACCAGAUGUGUGGAUGAUGCAGCCAUUGUGUUGGGUAUACUAGCUGGGCAUGAUCCCAAAGAUUCUACCACAAUUCAAGAUCCUGUUAAGCCAUUUACGCUUCCCAGUUUGACAGAUGUGAGCAAACUGUGUAUAGGAAUUCCGAAGGAAUAUCUUACACCAGAGUUGUCGAGUGAAGUACGAUCUCUUUGGUCCAAAGCUGCUAAUCUCUUUGAGUCUGAGGGGGCCAAAGUAAUUGAAGUGUCCCUGCCCCACACCAGUUACUCAAUUGUCUGCUACCACGUAUUGUGUACAUCAGAAGUGGCGUCGAAUAUGGCAAGAUUUGAUGGGCUAGAGUAUGGUCACAGAUGUGACACUGAUGUGUCUACUGAAGCCAUGUAUGCUGCAACCAGACGAGAAGGGUUCAAUGAUGUGGUGAGAGAAAGAAUCCUCUCAGGAAACUUUUUCUUAUUAAAAGAAAACUAUGAGAAUUAUUUUGUCAAAGCACAGAAGGUGAGACGACUCAUUGCUCGUGAUUUUGUGAAUGUUUUUAACUCUGGAGUGGAUGUCUUGCUAACUCCUACCACCUUAAGUGAGGCAGUGCCACACACGGAGUUCAUCAGAGAAGACAAUAGAACACGAAGUGCUCAGGAUGAUAUUUUUACACAGGCUGUAAAUAUGGCAGGGUUGCCAGCAGUGAGUGUCCCUAUGGCCCUCUCAAGCCAAAGGUUGCCAAUCGGACUACAGUUUAUUGGACGUGCAUUUUGUGACCAGCAGCUUCUUACAGUUGCCAAAUGGUUUGAAAAACGAGUACAGUUUCCUGUUAUUCAGCUUCAGGAACUAAUGGAUGAUUGUUCAUCAAUCUUUGAAAAUGAAAAGUUAGCUUCUGUUUCUCUAAAAUAGUAGUGAUAACUAUCAUACAAAUUAUAAUGACUUUUAAAGAUUUUAUAUUCUACAAAAGUCAAGUGAUCUUGUAAUUUGGUUCAUUGUCAACACAGUCAUUCCUUGGAAUCGCUUUUUAAAAUUCUUGUGAUAUAGUUAAUUACUUAUGAAUAAUCUGUCAGCAUUUAUUAAGCAUCCACUAAGUAUAAACAAAGUGCAGGAUUUCUAUUAUAAUACGAGAUACAUGUUCCUGAAAAAUGAUGCAUUCUGUAAAAAUGUUCAUUAAAAAGAACAUUGCUUACAGUACUAGUGCUGUACUGUGCUGUAAGCAAUCUAAGUACUAGUAAACCUCUCAAAACUUGUACAUCUUUGUAACCAAAGCACUAACAAAAACAGUCAGUGGUACCUCCAGAGAUAACCUGGACAGCCCAGCCGACAGGCAGCUCAACAUGCCGUGGAGGCCGCCUCAGCGGAUGUUAAAAAUGCACAAAAACAAUAAAAUGGGAAUAUCCACUUCUAAGUCUGAGCAGAGCAGGUAGAAGAAGAGCUCUGAGCACAGGAGGAAGUGCAACCUGCUGGGGCCCAGAGUCCUGCAAGAUGGGGGUGUGCCUCUCUCUCUGGGGAGAGCCCCAGGUGCGGACUCUCCUUUAAGAAUAGAGCUGCAAUGACUGAGAACUUUUUUCCUUUCCUGCUAACAGUUAAAAUGUUACUUCUGCCAUUCCAGAGCCCCAUGCCAAGGAACCAGAGUAACUCCAUGUUACACUGAGUUCACUCUAGUUCCAUCACAAACAAGCUCAGUGAUGCCAUAGAGACAUUUGUUGUGACCUAACAGACCACACUGGACUCGAAACUUGGUAGCUAGUGGAGCAUGGUUUUAGUGAGAAAGUUUCAAGAUACACAAGUAAGAUCCCAUAUGAAAAACCUGUAUAUAAUUUGGUGAGGAUGCCAAAGAGAAGAAGCCCAUGGACCUCCUCCCUUACCCCAGAUUCUCUAUUCCUUAUGGUUUUCUUACCCUCUUGACUUUCUUUACAAGUGCUCUCUCUUUGGGCUCCUUGAGCACAAAGAAACAUUAAUGGGAAUAUGUAUUCAGAAUCUGAAAAAAAAAAUCUGAUGAAAAUCAUAUGUUUACCCACUAUAAAGUUUCAUCGUUGGAUUUGUCUUUGCCAGAACACCAUUGUCAUCUCAUGUUUAUCAUGUGUUCUAAUUUGACACUUGUUUAUUGUUGAUAAGUAUAAGUGGGGAGCUGAAUUAUUAUUUAACAGAUUCACUUUGUUUAGUAAGAAAAAUGUCCUUUCUAAAUAUGAAAGACAUGAAGGAAAAACAUAGGCAGAACCUUCCCGGAACCACUAGGAUGUUGAGUGGUGGGAGUUUAACCUGCCUGGUACUUUUCAUUAAUAAUUUUCUCUCCCCCUGGGAUCCUCCCACUCCCAAAUACUCUAUCUGAUAAACUUUACAUAAAAGUUUUCUGUGCCAGGCCCAUAGGCCCACUAGGAUUCUUAAAUAUUUUGACAUGAGUCCCUGAAAAAGGAAGAAAUUCAUGACAGAGAAUUGCUUUACUUUGUAACACAAGAAAACUCUUAGUUGGGGGGAGGUAGUAUGAUGCAAAUGGCAAGCAGAUGAAUCUUUGCCCGUCUUUUUUUUAUGUGUGUAUAAUUCAAAAUAAAAAUUUUUCAAAGAA